GACGUGCGAAGUAUUACGAUGCCCUGCUCAGGGACGAAACCGGCUCGUCUGACGAGGCCGCCACCCUGGUGAAGUUGCAUACGUGCCUGCUCGUCGUGCUCAAGGUGGGGUCUGCUUUCGCAGCGCUGAACGCCCGCACCGUCGGCAUGCACACAGGCUCCCCGAGCGCUGGCGCAGCUGGGCGCAUCCCGCUGUUGGACGUGGCGUCGCAGCGGAUGCAUUUCUGGCAGUCGCUCGGCUUCGAAGGCACAGGCCUGGCUUCUUUCGUGGACAACCUCCUCGCGGCUUCCAAGGACCCAGCAGCUGCCAUCCGCAUUCAGGACGAUUGCGCGGAGCAGCUCAGCAAGCGAUGGAACUUGCAGAUCGGGAGCGACUCCCGGGAAUAUCUUAUUUGCAAGGGCGGCUGCGACAACGUGGUCUCGCAGCACAGUUGGGACAAGAAGGAAUCCAUGAAGAGGCUGGGCCACAUCAUCGACCACAAUGGGGGCAUCACCUCGUGCUACGCGGCGGCCACGGCGGCGAUGCUCCGAGCGUUUUUGGGCAAUCUGGACCAAGGGCUGCGUCGAGCAAGCGAGGGUGCCGAGCUUCGUUUCCUGACCAGCGGCGUAUUGAGCAUCGCCAAGUACCGCUUCUCGCGCUGGCCGUACCAGAUGACGCACGCCAGCAGCCUCGACCGCCUGCAACACCAGUUCCUGGCCAUCACCUUCGACAUCUGGCCAGCGCCGAACGAGGACCGGGCGCUGGAGUCAGGCGUGGUGGCAAAGGCGCACGUGUUGUGGGAAUCCCACAUUCGCCGCGGCCACGACCCGCAGCCUUGGACGCCGCGGGUGCUCGGCUAUCGCGGCGCGGAGUGGAUGCGCUGGCAGCGCCUGAUCGCAUC